AUGGAAUCUCAAGUGAUUUGGAGAGCACAAUCUCAAGUAAAUUUGCGAAAAGUAGCCACCGAACCUUUUAUCUCACAGUACGAUCUUUUAGAGGAUGUGCAAUUUGUGGCAGAAGGCGGUUUUGGGUGUAUCUAUUCGGCUAAUUGGUCGUAUAAUGCACCAGAAAGACUAUGGAAACGGGGAUCAUCCAGAGUCGCAUUGAAAAGUAUAAAAAAUUCUGUUAAUGCUACAGAGGAAUUUUUGAGAGAGUUAAAAUUAUAUUGGGAAUCUACAAAUAGUUGUGGCCAUAUUCCUCACUGUUACGGCAUGACAAAGAAUUUCAAAAACGAAUACAUGAUGGUACUUGAAUACGCGGAAGAUGGUAAUCUUCGACAAUAUUUACAAAAGACUACAAAACCUAUAGCAUGGGGUAUAUGUAGAAAAAUGCUACGACAAAUUGCAAAAGGUCUAAAAACAAUUCAUCGUGCCGAUUUAAUACAUCGAGAUUUGCAUAGCGGCAAUAUUUUAGUUUACAAAGACCACCAGAAUCUUCAAAAAGGUCAAAAUAAAAAGUAUCUAGCAAUUGGUUGGUCUUAUCUCACGUCGUCAUCGCCUUCGUCGUCAAGUAUUAGCUUUGGUGUGGGAUCUUCAGAGAGUUUGUAUGAUUCUCCUGUAAGAAGUCGUAAUAACAGUGUCUUUACUGACAAUUCAGGAGAUAUAUACGAAGCUGACUCAUUUGCCAGUGACACAUCAUCUAUAAUAAGUGAAUUUAGUUUAGCAAAAAUCAAGAAAAAGCGAAAUAUUCUUGGUACAAUUAGACGAAUUGUACGAAAAGAUAAAACAAAACGUGCGAAUGAAAUAAGUAAAAUGCAAAAGGACAUUAUAACUGAAAUGACUGCAUACACUUAUUGUCCUACACAUAAGAAUGCAUUGCCUGUUUGGAAUCAACGACUUCAUUCUGAAGCAUUUUAUACUAGUCGACUUUUAAAUUUCCCUGAAUUACGUAAUACUAAUCGAAAACUCGGAAAUAAAAUUAGUAAAGAAGGAACUUGUUUGUCUACAACAACAGCAACAGCAAUACCUUCGAUUGUACUUGGAACGAGCGUGAAUUCAGAUUGCGGUAAUGAACUUCAAUCAGUCGAUGCUGGAUUAGAAGAUAUCUUUGCCAACUUUCGGCUAGGUGUUUAA